AUGGGACGACAUUCAAUAUCCGAAGAAAUUUACGAUAAUGAGUCUAAAAUCAACUUUGGUGUACCGGACAGCGUCCGAAGCGUGGACGAUAUGUCGCAGAACCCGGCACUUGGGAGCUCAAUCCAACUAUUUGAACGCGAACCAUCACCUGAAGAACAACGAAGACGAUUCGAAGUGCGAGAAUGGCUUGUCUUUAUCUCUAUCGUUAUCCUGACAAUGAUGGAUUCGUUCAAUGCAACCAUUUUGAUCCCAGCCUUACCCGACCUGGCAAACAAAUUCGCAAAACCACUAGCAAGCACAUUCUGGGUUAACACGGUAUACCUUCUUUUCGGCGCAAGCAGCCAACUUUACUUCACAAUGAUGAGCGAAGUCUUCAGCCAUGGACCCGUAUGGAUCAUCGCCGUAGUCCUCGCGACAAUCGGCACAGGGAUCUGCUGCGGCUCUAUGAGUCUUGUGGAACUAAUAAUUGGCCGCAUGAUCCAGGGCAUCGGCGGCGGCGGCGCAAUGAGUCUAUGCUUCGUGAUAAUGACCGAGACAGCGCCCGAAUCCAUCCACUCACGGUAUUCAUGCUAUAUCCUGCUGACGCGCAUGUGUGGCGGAAUUCUGGGUCCCAUUGUCGGAAGCUUAUUUGUCGAUAAUGCUAAUUGGAGGUGGGCGUUUUAUUUCAACUUCAUUUUCUGCGCGCUAGGUUUGCUGGCUAUUCCGUUUGCUCUGGAUCUUCGCGCAUUGAAACAUAUCCCGCUGCGCAAAUUGCGCAUUUUAGAUUGGUCGGGGAUUACGUUGGCCUUUCUAGGUCUCGGGUCUAUACUAGUUGGUCUUUCUUGGGGCGGGAGCUCUCGUCGCUGGAGAGACUGGCAGACGAUUGUGCCUUUUGCGGUGGGCGCUGUGAUUCUUCUUGCACUUCUCAUUUAUGAGUCCAAGUGGGCUCUGCACCCGCAGUUUGGGAGGAGGGUAUUUCGGUCGAGGAUGAUGAUUAUGACACAUCUAGGGUGCUUUUUGCAUGGAUUUGUGGUCUUUGCUCAUUUGCAAUUCUUCCCAUUAUUUUUCAUUUCCACUCAUUAUAUGUCUCCCACCUUAUCAAGCAUCACCUUGCUAGCUAUGAUUGGGAUUGCGAUUGCACCAGCUACAGUCGUUGGUGUGAUUCUCGCAAAAGAGUCAAGAUGUACCCAGUGGAUCAUAUCUGGUGGUUGGGUCUUGACUGCCCUUUCAAGUGGAUGCUCCAUCCUCUUGGAUAGCUCCACGCCGACCGUUGCGUGGGUAUUUUUGUUAUUCACAGUAGGCCUUGGACACGGUCUGUUGCUUUCGAGUUAUAAUGUUCGCAUCCAGAAUCUGCCCAAAGAUGAGGAUUCUUCCCUGUCGACUCUGCCAACAACCAUGGCAUACUACAUGCAAGCUUGGGGUAUGGCAGUCGCGGUCCCUGUCGGGGGAGUUGUAUUAUUGAACGUAUUCGGCAAUGGACUUGCAAAUGUUGGACUGAAUCGAGAUAUAGUAAACUCUGCCAACGGAUACCUCAUUCUGAUGAAAGAUGUCAGCAUGAGCAGUAAACAGAAAGAGGCUGUUACAAUUCUGUCGGUCGCGGCAUUUCAAGCGGUAUGGGAUCUCAUCACGGGCGUGGCGAUAGUCGGGGGGAUUUCGUCUGCUUUCCUAUGGCGAAAAUAA